AAUUACUUUCUAGUUUUCCUCCAAAACUCCCACAAAUUGAAAUGCUUCCCCAACCCAUUUUUUCAUCCACUUUUGUGUGCAUCAUCACCAUCUUCUCCAUCUUGCUCCUUCUCCCACCAUCAUACAGCGAUCCCUUGGAUGAGUUCACAAAGUGUAACCUUUCUGCUUCCUUCCAGUGCGGCAACCAUGGAACCUUUUACUAUCCUUUUUGGAACGAUAAUACUCCGGAGCAUUGUCGUCCGCUUGGAUUCCACUUGAAAGACUGCGAAAAAGCGGUUCCCACCAUAGACUUUGGCCUAAAUGGUUCAUUCCAACUGUACUGUACUCCACCUUAUGAGGUACCGCCUGGAACUAAGAUUGAUUGCGGACCCGAUGAGAACAACAAACCCUUCUUCUUUAUGCAUGGUAUGGGGGAACCUGAGACGGAAGAUAGUUACGGGUGCAGUACUGUGAAAGUUGCGGUUAAUCAGACGGUUUUCAACAAAGUCUGGGAUGGGAAACUGACAUUGGUUGAUGCUUUGAGACAAUUUUGGUUUGAUGUGGAGUACAACAGUAAUGCGGUUUUCUGUCAUCAAUGUGAGAGUUUAGGUGGGACAUGCGAAUUCAAUUCGAGUUCAGAUCAGUGUCUACAAACAACAUGCCAGCAUCUUCCAGAAGGAAAAAAAAAAUCGACAAAAAGUUUUUUGGGGCACGGGUUGCUUGAGGGAGCUUAUGCCUUGAGUGCUAGGCUCGGAAGUAGGAACGGGUUCCUUGAGACAACUCAUGCCUUAGGUAGCUUGGCACGGGUUGCUCAAGGGAACUUGUGCCGCGAGUAGGCUUGCUUGCAAAAGCUUUUGCCAGUUCAAGCUCGAAGCUUGGCUUGAGUUCGUGUUUGAUUCAAGUGACUUGGUUAAAUUAUUUGUGUUUGACAUGAAAUUUAGCAAUUUAAUCAACUUUAUUAUCUAAU